AUGGUAGAAGGAGCAACAGUCCUCAGAGAUUCCUUAUAUCCAGGAAACUCUCUCUUUCUGAAGCCACAGGUUAAAUUUAUGACACUGGCAGCAUUAGAGAGACAGAUCUUUGACUUCCUUGGUUUCCAGUGGGCUCCUAUCCUUGGCAAUUUCCUACAAAUAAUAGUUGUCAUUUUGGGUCUGUUUGGAACCAUCCAGUUUAGGCCUCGAUAUAUAGUUGUG